AUGCCGAGGAUUUUGCCAAACAAUGCGCGAGCCAUGCUUCGCAUGGUUCUGCGCAUUGGGCAUCGAAGGUAUACCAACGAAGAGAGAGAUCUCUUUCUCCUACUAGAGACGCACAUCAAGGACAUCCGUGAUAAAAAUAAGUCCCAGUGGAAUCGCAUCGCUCUGACAUCCAAGGCAGUGAAAGCGUACUCUGGCACCGACUUGGAGUUAGAUGCAAUAUUGGAGUUUGGUGCCAGGCUCGACGUGAAUUCAUUCAAUCUAGUAACCCCUUUACACGACCGUAUCGGUCUCUAUCUAGAUCCUGGCGCGGCUUUCAUCAACCACAGCUGUGAUUACAAUUCCGUCGUUGGGUUCGACGGCGACGAACUCUUCGUCAAAGCCAUUCGAACAAUACAGAAAGAUGAACAGAUAUUCAUCUCGUAUAUAGAUUCAACUAACCCCUGUGACAUCCGCCAGGCCGAAUUACGCGAGAGAUACUUUUUCGACUGCCGGUGUCCAAAAUGCGAACCGGGAGAAGACCCCGCAGAUCUCCUCCCUGAUCCGUCUACUAUUGAAACAGCGGAAAGAAACCCCAUAGACAUCACCGUUACUGAGAACAGUGACCCAUCCAAAACUGUAAGCCAGGUCGAAUCAGCGAUGCAAACCCUACGUCAGACUUACUCCUGGCCUCUCACCCGACAACCUCUCAUUACUCUCCGAGACGAGUUAAUUACCGCCUUACUAUCUACUGGGAAAUUCAACUCGGCUUUCAUCCAAGCUGCUAUUCGUCACACCCGCGUCGAUCCCAUCGUGUAUCCUCUCGACGCCCAUCCCCUACGCAACAUUCACGCCUGGACGCUAGCAAAACAAGCGAUCCAUUUAUCCCAAGAAAUGGAUCCGGAUCCGGUCGGCACAAUCUCACUCUAUAAAUAUGAUAUGAAUUUCAGUCUCAUCAUUUGGUCCAUUCUCAAUGAUCUCGUCAACAGGGAAUCCCAGAGUUGCACCGUUCCUAGUUUCAAGAAGAUAGUACGUUCGGCGUAUGAUGAAGUGAAUCAGGAGUUUCUGGUCAAUGGGCUGGAUCCUAAUCAUAUGCGUGAAGAAAUCAAAAAGGAGUGGGAGAAAAUGGAUCGUUUGGUGUCUUUGGCACUUGACAAGAAUUGA